AUGAAAGUGUUUAGUUAUGAAAGCGGUUUGUUUGUAAUGAAAAGGAAAGAGAAGGCGGCUGUAGAGAUAGAGUCUUUACGGGCAAUGAAAGCGGUAGGGCAAGUGAAACAUUCUAUCUUUGUCAGGCUUAAGGUAAAGGGCAUGAGAGAAAGAAAGUUCUUGUUUCUGGGCAUAUCGAUAGGGAUAAGAGCAAGCGGUAAGUGA